UUGUAGCACACCGUGCCGUCAAUGGCUCCCAGGCUUCAGCCCAACACGCGGCCCAGCCUACGCAUCUCAAAUCAUUGCCACUGCUUCGAAGCAGCACUGUCACAGCCCACGGUCUUCAAGUCGGCCUCUCACCGUGUCCUAGCAACCGCUUGAGGCAUGUAAACACCGUGAUUUAGGCGCCCAGCGACCCAUAUCCCGACCCGCCCACCCUGCAUGCUGAACACCACCUACGUUGCCGCCAGCCCUACGCGCAUAACCAUCCAUCCACCCCGCGCCCCGCUUCGCAAUCCAGGCACAACCCCCUCUUACGCGCUCUGUGGCUGCAAUUGCAGCUCUUCGAGGGCAUGCAGAACGUGUUCCUGCAGCCUAACUUUGUUCCCGAACCAUCACAGACGCCGAGCGCUUAGAUCUGGACUGCUGAAGGCGCGUACCUUGCAGGCCGAUAGGGGCUCCUCCCCUACGUCAGUACAAUCUACAAUACGGCGUAGCGUAGUCUCCACCAGCGCUCGAAGCGGUAGUUGCAAUUGUUUGCAAUCCGCAUUCGACACGUCGUUCAUAUCGCGGCUCGCACUCCGGCGAUCUUCGCAGAGCCCAACCCCCAAAUGUCUUGCGCUGAGCAUCCUAAUUCCCAAGUCCGGCACGGGACCACGCCCCUUCCGUCCCGCGGCGACCCGCGUCCUUGCGGCGUCGACUGCGCCGCAGGAUAAUGUCGCGACGGCCCGCCCCAACGUCCAUCGUGCCUGCCUGCUUCAACAUAGCCUCGAAGUCAAUCUGUCGAGUCGGGGCCGAGUGCUGCGCUACUGCGGGAAUGAUCGUCUUACGAGAUGUCGGCAACGUCGAGUCGAAACGUGCCUCCAAUCACAUUGUAGGGUGAAAAUAGGCUAUGCUGUGCGACCGUAUUGGAUCUCGCUUCCAUGUGGCGCGUCGUCUAUGUGCUCAGCAUGAAGAGUCUCUGCGUCUGUCGAUGUCAAAUUGUAGGGGCGCUUCCUUUCAAUGUGAACGGCGCGGAUGUGAUCGUUUCUUUCCCAGCUCCGCCUAAGGUACUACCUCGUCACCACACUUCAAGCCAAAUGACCAUCACACCGCUCUGACUCGCACGUGCGCGACAUGGCCCAGAAUGAGCAUCUAAUCCUUUCUGAGGCAACCCAUUCGACAAGUAGGCGCGGGCGCAUAGGCUCCUCCAUUUUCACGCUUUUUAG